AUGACCGACGCUAAAAAGCCCGCCGUCUUGAUCAUUGGUGGUCUCGGCUUUAUCGGCCGCCACCUCGCGCUCUAUAUUCAUGAGAACAAGUUGGCUUCUGAAGUCCGCAUCGUCGAUAAGGUUCUGCCGCAGCUGGCCUGGCUGGCUCCCGAAUUCGCAGAAGCAUGCUCCAAAGAAAAGUUCGUGCAGGCGGACGCAAGUCGUGAACAACACCUCCCACGGAUUUUCGAUCGCGCCAACGGCGAACAAUUCGACUACGUGAUCAACUGCGGCGGCGAAACACGGCACUCCCAGCCCGACGAUGUCUACGAAGCUCGCAGCUGCGGUCUUAGCAUCACCCUGGGUAAGGAAGUUGCUAAGCGCGGUAUCCCCGCCUAUGUCGAAUGCUCGACCGCGCAUGUCUACAAGAGCGGCUCUUCACCGCGCAAGGAAACCGACAAGCUCCAGCCCUGGCACAAGCUGGCAAAGUGGAAGCUGAAGGCCGCUGAGGAGCUGCUGAAGAUCCCCAACCUGCAAUAUUGCGCUCUCCGUCUGCCCCACGUCUACGGCGCCUAUAACCCAGGCUACUUCGCCAUGGGUAUCUGUCUCGCCCGCGUGCACAAGGAGAUGAACCAGGACCUCGAGAUGCUGUACACCAAGGAUGUCAAGGUGAACACUCUGCAUGUCACAGAUGCUGCCAGCGCGUUAUGGGCCGCUGCCGAAUGGCGUGCUAGCAAGGGCAAGCUGGACCCCAACGAUGCCUCGCUGCCCGCUAUAUUCAAGGAUUCCAAAACGCCGAUCGCAUUCAACGUCGUGGAUCAUAACAACACUGCACAGGAGCAUAUCACCAAUGCCCUAGCUGAGGUCUUCGACCUCAAGGUCACUUUUAUCGGCUCACUUGUUUCGCAGCUGGCCAAGAUGAACCUGGACGACGUUGUUGACGACAUGAACGAGGUCAGCCUGCAGGAAUGGGCCGACCUAGUGGAGAAGAGCAAGAUCGAGCGACCCGGUCCAAUUGGUCCAUUUCUGGAGCGUGAUGUGCUGAAGGACCAGGAUAUGUCCAUUGACGGCUCCCUUUUUGAGUCAACCGUUGGCUGGAAACCGAAGUAUGAGCAGUUUGGCACAGACAGCAUCCAGGAGAUGGUCGAUAGCUACAAGCGUAUGGGCUGGUGGCCUUAA